AUGGACACCUCGACCAGGACAACGCCUUCUCCAAGUUUCUCCUUGAACUGCCUCAGCUCAGAACUCAUCGCCCUCAUUUUUGAACAGCUUCGGGAUCUAGACUCACAUGCCCUCACGUCUGUGCGUCUAGUUUCAAAGCGGCUCGACGCCAUCGCUGCACCCAUCGCAUACCGAUUCCUGACACUAAAUGAGGCUCUUGUCGCGCCGAAUGCCGAGAGAAGAUAUCCUGAUGUCUUCCGCCAUAUCUCCAACCUCACGAAUCAUGUCAUAAUACCGAGCAAUUUGAACUCCACAGGCAUCAAUAGGUUGUUAUCGUGCAUUAAGCGAUUGAAGUCUGUCCGCUGGCGAUAUGUGGAUGGCGACAUUCCUGUCGCGGGACUAUGGCUGCCUUCAGAUCUUCGCCGUUUACACAACUGUGACUCGAAUAGUACACAGCUGCAUAUAGAAAACCUCCCUCUGCGACGAGAAUACGAGAACAACGUGUUGGAAACAUUCAUUCGAUCAAUCCCUGCCGAGCUCUUGACAUCGCUCAAGCUUGCCAACUCAACUCCGGUCCUGUCAACCCGACUGAACUCGCUGAAGCAACUCGUUGUUCAAGCUCGACAACUCGGCGCAUUGUGCUAUGAAGAUCGUGGCCAGGGCACAUGCUUCAACUUCUCUCCCGGAGAAAAGAUACCGCCUGUCAACACCUUACUCUUACGAUCGUACGACUGGCAGCACACGGCGGAUGACGUCGCGGAGCAUUGGGACUUCUCUAGGAUACAAUCACUCGAGUUGAUUUCGGUGCCCAUCUUCAAUUUUCUCAAAUCGGUAUGCCUUCGAGACUUUUCAGACCUCCAUACUCUACAUGCGGAGGAUUACAGUGCCCAUCUAUCGGAUAAAAGAGAAGACGCCACCAUUGCUUUGAACGUGUUGAUAAAGGACCACAUCAAGACACUCGAGGUGCUAAAUAUUACUUGCCAUACCCGGCUGUUUCAGCUGGAUGCCAUCGCAGCACAUCGUCACUCGUUACAGGUUUUACGGUUCAGAGAUCAUGUAGGGUUUUCUGAAGACGAUCAAAGAUGUCCAACACUCCCUCCCAGUGGUCUGGCUGGUCUUGGUCAACAACUGAGGUUCGUUCACACACUCGAGCUCGACCUGGACACAAGGCUCUGCGACCCAGUCACCUUUCUCCGAGCGGUGUGUGCCUUCCCAGCAGUGCACACGCUUACGCUACAUGUUCAGACCAUGAUUCAACCUUUGGAUGAGGUGGCACCGGGAAUCGACCGGGAUUACGAGGCUGCCAUGAAAACAUUCCAAUUACUCGUACAAGAAAAGGAACGGCUUGGUGCUUGUACCCCCUGGAAGCACAUUGCUGUCAAUGUGGGGGGUUGGAAGCGGGUGAUGGUUCGCAGACUGGGCGGUAUAUGGCGACGAAGAAACAACAUGGGCAUAUACGCCGAGAGGUGCUUUGUCCUCGAGCGAGAUGUACAGAGCGGAAGGAUAGCGGUUCACGAGGAGGUUUGCGCCGAGCCUAUGAGUCAUGGAGGGACUCCAAGUCCUUGA